UAUAUAUCAAUCCAACAAAUCAUCCUGGAAAUUAGGUUACCGAAAAUACUGUCGCUAGCAAGUUUUUAUCUCCAUUAACUAUAUCAUUAUAUUUAACAUCGUCUAUAAUCAUCGUCAAAUAUCAUUGGCAGUAUGGACUAAUUAAAAAAGAGUAACUUUUAGUUUCGUAUAAAAUGAUAAAACGGCUCAACGAGAAGAGGUUAUGAAAUCAAAUUACGUUUGUUGAUUUUAACAUUAGCUAUGUUCUCUAGGACGAGAAGAGGAUCUUGGCAUUAAUAACAUUGCAUGUGUUGGUGAAAUAUGCACAUAAAAGUUCCAUACAAUGUCAUCUCUGAUACUAUAUAACAGUAACUAUUGGCUACGUGUCCAACUUAGUAUGCACCAUGUUGUACAACCUGCUAUGUUAUAUACUUUGCACAAUGAUGGAAAUGAUAUCAAGUAUAAAGGCAUGCCACGUAACAAAAGUCAACUGUAUGCAGAAAUUUCGGCACUGAAAUUGUCACAUUCUAAAGACUUCAAAGUGUUAAAGCCAGAUCAAUUGGAGAUUAUGUUACCAUCAAAUGGCUCUAAUGAAACGGACUCCAGCAAAUUCGAUACGACUAUUACCUAUUUUCUCAUCAGAAAAGGAACAAAUCUUCCAAAGCCACGAGGAGGGUGGAAAACUCCACUGCCGCCUAUGUGUGGAGAUGAUAAAAGGAGUUAUGCAUGUUUUCAAGCGAAAAAGAAACGCAAUGAAUUUGCGCAUGCGCACAAUAUGAGUAUGAAAACACAAGAAUUUGAAGAUACUUGGAAUGAUAUAAUUGAUAUUGUCACUGAACUUGGUUGCUACCCGAACUAUGAACAACUCAUGAAAGACCUCAAAUCAGCUCCACUGGAACCACAUAUUUCAAAUAUAUAUAAAAUCAUACAGAAAGAAUUAGCGUAUUUACAAACUGAUUUUACACAACUAAAAUGUGAUAAUGAAACGCUCAGAAAUGAUUUGGUGAUAACGAAAUCUCAGUUGCAACAAGUUAACAUUGAAAAACUUGAAAAUAUGCUGCAAGACUUCAAAGAUUUGGAUAACACUGUGGAUGGAAUUAAAUCCCAAUUAGAUGAGAAGAUAGAUAGAUGUGAGUUGGAAGAAAAAGCAAGCAAGAACGAUUUAUAUCUUAUAAAAAGUGAAUUAGAAAAGAAAAUUUGUGAUCAUACUCCAUCUCCAAAAAGAAAAUCAAUUGAAGAUUUAAAUAUGCCAGAUGGGAACAGUUUAAAAAAAGAUACCGUGAUACGUACAUACAAAGACAACAAUGGCCAUACGAUCAUGAAAGUACUGGCAAAUGGAAAGGACACAAACUUGAAGCUUCAGAUAUCUUCUACUAUGAAUGAAUACGAUAUCACUGAACUGCAAAAAAAUCAGGAUUACACAGUGGAGCGUAUCGGACAGUACUUGUUUGUCAGGUUGUUCAAGCAGGUACCAAUACAGCUGUAUGAUUUGAACAUGACAAUGUUGGAUGUUGAAGGUAACUGUAAAGAAAUGAAGUUAGAGGAGUCUUUACACGAUUGCACGCUUUCAACACGUGACACAACUUUUACAGUAUCCUCGCACACUUCUGAAGAGUUUAAUGAACUGAUCGACCGUGUGAAAAACGUCCCAUACAGUAACAAGCCGAUAGCCUACCAAUCAAGUGGUAACAGUCACACAACGUAUUUGUCACGAGACGAAUGGAAAUUGCUUGGUCAGCGAUACACAAAAACAUUUUUCACAAAAGAGUUUAAUAACAUUCUGUCAGAGGCAUUGCAAUUUCCACCUUACGUAAGAAAUAGUGAAGUGUCUGAGUGGGCUUACCGCAUUAAAACUACCAUGAGUGGUUACAGAGAAGGCGUGGUUGCUGUUAUCACAGAUUAUAACACGCUUGAACAUAUUCAAUUCCUAAAAUUCGAAACUAAAGGCAUGCCGAAAUUGAUACAAAGCAACUACACCAAACGGAUUCUAUUCAUGUAUUUAAACUCAAAUAUAAUGUUUAACAUACGAUAUACUAACUCGUCAUGCUUUCUUCAAGUACAAAAAGAGUUUGAAAAUGGCGAGAAGGAUAUCCAACUUUUGUCUAUUGCAAAUUCAAGUUUUAUUUUAACUGGUGACAUCACGUUCGUCAACGUUGUGUUAGCUGAAAACUUUGUCAAAAGUGACUACUCGUAUUUUUGCAAAGAUUGUCAUCUGCUGGACAAAAAUAUAAAUGAAAGUGAUGAUAAAAUAAAAAAGUUUUUCUGUAAUUUAAUUGCUCAAUACGAACAAAUUAGUAAGCGAGUGAGUAAAGAUGAGGUCACAAAAAGGUUCAUGGAGGUCAUCAGCUCAAUAGUUAGUUUUAUGGCAACAAGAAAAUCCAUGUUCCCUCUACUGCCGACCCUAAAUAAAGACACAGGCCACCAGGUACGCUCGAUCAUGCUCAAUAAGGAGCAAAUGGAUAUUCUGCAUAGUAAAGAAACAAAGAAAAUCAUUGUGGGAGAUUAUGGCACUGGCAAAACUUUACUGGGAAUAUAUUAUCUAAAAUAUUUGGCUGAACGUGCAGAAAAGGAUACGUUGAUCUUUCACAUCACUUGGGAUUCAAAAAGUCUGUUGGUCUACGACGUGGAAAGCUUCGUGCAGAAUAUUCAACAUAAUGAGCAUGUUGGUAUUGUUGCCAUUAGUAUUGUUGAGUUAGCUACAAGGCUUAGCUUGAAUAAAUUACCAUCAUUGUCGCAGCUACUUAAGGAGAUGGUAAAAACGUACAAGGGGUUACUACUUCAUGUUGUGAUUGACGAAUGCGACUGUGGAAGGUUGUCAGUAAAACAAGCUCAAGAAUUAAAAUCAACUCUGUCCAUGAAGGAACUCGAUAGAUCGCACAUCAUUAUUUUACCGCAAAGUUUGGAAAAACGUAGGACGCACAUUUCGUUUAAGAAAAGGACGGUGCACGAUCAAUACCAGUACAAAGAAACUGGAAUGGGUGUUUUCACCUUACAUCACUGCAUGAGAACAACUUUGCAAAAUUUCAAAGUUAUACAUCGAUUGGAGAAUGCAGUAGAAGGCAAGAAAAACAUAUCUCAUCACCCAAAGAUGGUGAAAGAUACAAUAAAACGUCAGAAAUCUUUGACUCAAAGGUUAUCUCCCUUUCUGGAAAGAAAAAGUUUUUCCGACGAAGCUGAUGAAGUGUUUACAUUUGACAAAAAAGUUGUAAAUGCUUCGUCAUCACCAGGAAGAACAAAAGAAAUACAACUACCUUUGGAUAUAGAUUCCAAUGUACCACCUAAGUUAACUGAUUCAAAUAUCAAAACAGAAACCAUGUACCACUACAGAACAAGCUCUGUUAUUGGUCAUAACAUUCAAGGAGAAAUACCAAUCAUCUUUUCGUUUGAGGACGGAGAAAAAACAAACAGUGAAAUUAUAAUUCUGUUGGCAAUAACAUUAAAUGCAUUUAAAUUUUCCAACCACAACGUGAAUCGACUUAUCCUCUGUGAAAGCACGUUCUGUCAGCUCAUAAUGAAGUAUGUUCUUCAUUUACUGGACGUUGAUACAAUAACUUACAAUUCAAUCUCCAACUGGAAAUUACAAUGCAUCAAUGGAAAUGAAAUUGAAUCUCUACCAGCCAGUAAUGAUUUUACAUUACUGACAAACUAUCAAGGUGCAAGAGGAAGGGAAGCAGAUGAAGUUAUUUUGUGUAUGGAAGACGAUAAUCUGACACCAAAGCAUUUAAUGUUGGAAUGCUUGAGUAGGAGCACGUCCAGAAUAUGUAUAGUAUUCUUUAACAAAAGAAAAUCAAUCGCUUCUUCAUCAAGCUUUCUAAAUCUGUUCAAAGCCAAGGAGAGGUCGAAAUCUUCGUCAAAUGACUUGCUUAACUUGAGCAGAAAUGAAGAAAAUGAUUUGCUAAAGAAAAUUUGCAUCAAAAGUGUUUCAGGUAAUAUAACAGAUAGUCUCUAUGUAGAGGGGAAGGAAGAUGGUGAGAUCAAAGUCAAUAAAGGAGCAAGAAGGUUUAAAAAUUUUUAUGCUUGUUUGGACGCACUGCUUCGCGACGUUUGCUUCGACGAACCUGAACAAGACCAGGUGCAUUACAUGCUGUAUAGAAAGCUACAACAACCAAUACAGGUAAAACAUUUGGUGUGUACUUACAUGAAUGAAAACACAAGUAUGUUGGCUUGGACGAAUGAAGGCUUUGAUUAUGCUUUGCAGAAAAGGAAAUUCAAAGAAAAUAAAGAAUACAGCAACUGGUGUGAAGUUCCUGUUCUGUUUGAUGGAAAUUGCCGAAUGGAAGAUUUGGAGUAUGGAAGUACUUACCAAUUUUCAGUGGUUGCUUAUAGUAAUGUGGGAGUCGCCAAACCAACUGUUUUGACGUACAAACACGAAAUUCCUGGCGAGAAGAAAUUUGAUGAUAUUCGCGAUUUCUUACAGUACGGUGAUGUGGCGCAAAUGACUGAUGUGCUCAGAAGUCAGCCUAACAUUAUCAAAGAAAGAGGUUAUCGUGGAGACACGCCAUUAUUAUAUGCAGCAGACUGCCAAUCAGUGAGUAUGGUGCAACUGCUGUUGGAUUAUGGAAGUUGUGUGUUUGAAGUUAAUGAUAACAAAGAGACAGCUUACCAUGUCAGUGCCAUAAAUGGUCAUGCGGCCAUCUUGGAAACAUUACUGCACCAUAGUUGUUCAGCAAUUAACUACGUGGACAAAAACAAUAACACUUCCCUGCAUUGUGCGUCGCUGUAUGGCUCUGUUGAAUGUGUACGGUUACUUCUGGAACAUGAUGCAGAUACUGAGUUGACGGACAAAAAUGGUAGAACAGCUGCAGAGGUUGCAUGCACAGGGUGGGGGGCUGAGCAAAAUAACCGGAUUGUAAUAGAGGAGAUAUUUACGCAUUUUUUCCUUAAAAAGAAUAAUAAAUAAAUAACGCUCUGUUUUUUCUUCGCAUAAGUCGACUGAACAAGACUUGUAAUCUGUCGACGAACAACUAACCUGGAAACGAGUUAGUAAGUUUGAAAAUUUUAGGUAAUAUUCUGAGUUCUAGUCUAAUUAGUAAAAAUAAUUUUAAUCCUGUGCGGAAAUGGAAGGACAAAUCCUGUUAUACAAAAAUCAUUACCUGUGGUUUUCACAAUUUUACAAUCUUACAUAAAAUGCACUGAGAAAGGGGUGUUUCAAGUGGUCUGAGAAUCUGAGGGAGGCUAACUUGCCCAUUCUA